GUCUUCCGGAUCGAGAUCUUUAACUGCCAGGUUGCCGAUGUUCGACAGCGGUCUUCUGAAGAGUGCUACUUCCUACCUUUUCACCAACUUUCCCCAAAACUGGUCCCCAAAGAGGCUCUGGUACCUGUUUGCCACUUAUGGUGCUGGGCUAGGAAGAAUUGUUGAUGUGUUUAUCCCAAAGAAAAAAGACAGAAAAGGAAACUGCUUUGGUUUCGUACGCUUCUCAGGAGUCAAAGACAAAGGAAGGCUGGAAAAGUCGCUGAAGAUGAUCUGCUUUGGCACUGAAAAGCUAAGGGUCACCCUAGCCACAGAGAGAAAACCUUCCCAACCCAAGCUCGCCAUGCCCCGUCACCUCCCUCCACCUCCAUCUUCUGAGACUUUAAAAUCAAGAUCCUUUGCUGACGCACUCCUUAAUAGGCCGACCCCCAAACCGUCCAACCAACCUCUCCUACCGAAAAACCAGUCCCAUCCCCAACUGGCAGCCAACACGAGUGAACAAGUGAAGGAACAGGCGAAAAUCCUAGAAGUGGAGGAUGAUGUGGAAGAUUCCAGUUGGCUUUGUAAUUGUGCCACAUGCGAGGUUCUUGAGCCACGCCUCAUCCCUGGUCUGCAACAGAAAAUUUGGGAAAAUGGGUUCACAUUCAUUUCAGUUAUUCCUAUGGGAGGUAGCAAUGUUCUACUAAAAGCUAAUGAUAAGGGUUCCCUGGAUAAAUUUAUAGAAGAAGAGGAAUCUUGGUGGAGCAAAUGGUUCAAAAGAAUAAAGCCUUGGAGCCCUUCGGACAUUGCUACGGAGAGACUUGUUUGGUUUACAAAUGAUAAGGAGUGUUUAGAUGCUGCUAGAAUCCUAAUUUCAACUGCUGAAGCAAAUCAAAUUGACAAGGAAAUUACUUUGCGUGUGCGAAGUCAACUUUUCCCGUUGAAAAUCACGGAGGAGCGUUGGCGGACUGAUCCAUGGUGGCUUAAAGCAUCAGACGUCUAUGACAGCGAUGAUUCCGAUCCGGAUGGUCAAUCUGUUUCAGAAUCUGAUCAGUUUUCCGGCAGUUGGGGCUUCCCUUCCGAUGACGAAGUUGAGCAACCAUGCCAGGCUGGAAAGCAACCAUUAAAUGAAUUACUGAAAAAGCCUGCUGAUUUUGUCAGUCCCAAGAGGAUUGCAAUCUUGGAUAAUAACUCAGCCACCUUGGGAAAGGCAUUUGAUGAACCCAUUAAAUGUCCUGUGUUUGAAAAUGGCGGUGAAAUUAAUUUUUCAGACGGGAUUGACUCUUCAUUUCCAAAAGAGUCAAAAAUUGGGGAAAAUUUAUCUAUUGAUCAGGACACCCGUGGAAGCCCACCUCAAGCCCAUGAGAGCCCAAACAUGGCCCAUUGCAGCUCCGAUGCUCCUACAAAUGUUGCUGAAUCACCACUGCAGGGAAACCCAAUUUCUCAACAAUCCUCUAACUGUGCUCAAAAUACGAAGAACCUAAAGCUUGUGACCGGGUUGCAUCGUGGGAUCAGAAAGAAGUCAGCAAGAAUAGGGAAGAGAGGUAAGAGGCAUGGCGACAGCUUUUCAAGUCUUUCUUUUUCUGAUAGCAUCAUGGAGAAAAGAAUCCAACUUAAGGAUAUCAAUAUUGAAGACAUGGAUAUCAGACGCUUUGUAGAGUUUGGAAGACAGCUAGGGUUGUGCUUCGUGGGUAAUGAAGAAAUCUUUGCUUCCAAAUUUCGUGAGUUAGAAGAGCGUGAUAAGGGGUUGCAAAAGUCCUAAAUCAUGCUGCUUUAUCUACCAGAUCUCUUCUUAAAAUGAAGGUAAUAUCUUUUAAUAUUCGCGGGCUCGGGAACAGUGUUAAGAGAAAGGAAUUGAGGAAGAUAGUCAGUGGUGAACAUGUGAAUUUUUUGAUGAUCCAAGAAACAAAACUCGAGACAGUUGAUGAGAAUCUGUGCAGAUCAAUUUGGGGGCAAGAGGGUUUUGAAUGGUAUGCGAAGAGUGCAGAUGGCAGAUCUGGUGGUCUUCUUUGUAUUUGGGAUUCUCACUUAUUUAAGAAAAUUGAUCUAUGUGA